AUGAUAUCGAACUCAUUAUCAUAGAAAAUUUAACUUAGAAAUCUUACUAGUUGCAAUUAAGAGUAUAAGUAAAUACCUAUAGAAAUCAAGGCAUUUGAACAAUUACACAAAAGAUUAUAUGAAUAUGUUUUAGAUUUAGUUGAGAAAAUCACAAAAUUCACAAAAACAUAACAAACGAAAACAAGACUUGGUUAAUAGAAUUCUAACUAGGGAGAAAGAAUUGAAAAAAUAACCUUAGCCUAGGCUGGAAAGUUUAAUUAACAAAUCCUCUAAUUGAUUGUAACUUGCGAUGAAUUUGAUUCAUUUAAUGAACUUUAUGAAUAGGCAAUAGAAUUAAAUGAAAGAGCAAGAUCUUAAAUAGAUGAUCCUGAAAUGUAAUAGAGGUUACUAAUGGAAUUAUUAGAUUGCCCAUUUUAUUUAGAUGUAUAAGAAAAAUUACAAAGCAUAAUUGAUUAUUCCUAGAUUUUAGAUUAAAUAAAACAACAUAUGUCAUCUGGUUAGCAUCAAGAGGCCAAUGAUUAAAUUUAGACACUUCUGAAUAGGGGUAUAAUAAAUGAAGAUCUUAAAUAGUUAUAGGAUAUAAAUCUUAAAGUCUUAGAAUGGAAUUAAUUGGCAAAUGAAAUCAUAAAUUAUCAUGAUAGUAUAUCAUUGGUUGAUGUUUAUCAAGAAGAUUUUGAAAUAAAAUAAUAUCCAAAUACUUUAUUUCAACCACCUUAAGAUAUUAUUAAAUAAUUAGACCCAGAGAAGGUUUAACAAAUUAAUAAAAUAGCAGAGAGAGUUUAAAUUUGGAAAGAUUAAUUGAUUUCUUUAAUUGAUAAUAAAUAAUUAUAGGUUCAAUAAACAAAUAAAAAGAGCAAUUAAAAUAAAUCUUUUAAUAAAUUAUGGGAAUUAUUUAAAGAAGGUCUGAAAUAUAAAUAGGAAUUAUCUUUGAUGGUUAAAGUCAGAUAAAUUAUACUUCAAAUAUUAGAUUGGCAUGCAUAAGUUGGUAUAAUAAAAUAAACAUUAAGAGUUAAUGAUGAUACAACAUUAUAAAUUGAUGGCAUGGAAACAAUUAGAAAGUUAUAUAUUUAAAAACAUGGUUUUUAAUAAACUCAAGAUUAAAUAGAUAAAUUAUAAUAGUUUCAAUCUCCAUUUAUAAGUGGCAAUAAAGAUUUGUAAAUUAUUUAGGCAUUAACCCAACAUAUAGAAAAAUGGAAUAAGAAUGCCUAAGAAGCUGUGCAAACUUAAAAUUAAGAAUUAAUCAAAAAUUUAUUAGAUGAAGCUCCAAAAUUACCAGUUGAAGAAUAAUUAGUAAAAGAACUAUAAAAUUUGCAUGCUUCUUCUUUAAAAGUUGGUUGGAUCAAAUAAAUAAUUCAAAGUUAAGAUCCAUUAUUUGAAUCUAUUAUGAUUGCUCUAUAAAAUGAUGAAUCAAUAAAAUAGCUAAAGGAAGAAAUGCUCCGAAUAUAUGCACAAAAUCCAUAAAAUAAAAAGAAGAAAGAAGGCACAAAAUUAUCUAAACUUGCAUAGAAUUUUUUUUUUAAUUUUCAGAAUACAAUCAAAUAUUACUUAAAACAUUUAACAAAUUUAGAUGAAAACAAACUAAAAAAACUCUAACCAGUAAAAGUUUCAAAGCUUAAGGAUUAUUAAAGGGAUUUAUAAAAUGAUGAAAUUUCUUAAUAAGUUGAUGAAUGGAUAGAUUAAUUCCAAUAAUGGCAAUAUCAGAUUCUUAAUUUAAAUGAUGAGCAAUAACCAAAAAAAAAGAAAAAGUCUAAAGACUCAGAAUCAUAGCCUGAAUCUUAUUUCUUAACUGGAGAUUUACUUUAUUAUUUUAAGGUGCCAGAGUUACUUUGUCUUGUUUUGUCAGGAAUAGAGAAAAAUUAUAUAAGUUAGGAAUUAGUAGGUUCUAUUGAGAAAUUAGUGACAAUAAAUAAUUAGGCUGAUAUGGCAUUGAAAGUUUCAAGUAUCAAAGAUGUUCAUUAUUAUUCUCAGGUUUUUAUGCCUGAAUUUUAUGUAAUGGAUAAAAAAUUUAGAGUAAUCAAUAAUUGGUUAUAAAUGGCUUAAGAAAUGAUUAAUGACACUCCAAGAUUAAAAAAUUUAAUCAUGGUUCAGAAAUUGAAGCCUUUCCUAGACUAUGUUGAUUAAAUUUAGCUUUAAGAAUUAAAGACUUCUUAAUCAUAAUAAUAGUAAUAAUAAUAAUAAUAUUCAACAAUAACUUAACAAUAAUAAUCAUAAACAUAAUAACAAUUAUAAUAGUAAUAGCAAUAACAAUAACAAUAAAUUUCAAACACCAAAAAAAAAAUGUUUAAAUCUAUAAAUAAAUUAAAAAUAAAAAGUUAGGAAGAAUCCUAACCAAUUGUUGAUUAAGAAAGUGUUUCAAUAAAACAUUCUAAAAGAGUGAAAUAGGUUUCAAAGUUGAUGAGAGAUGAUAAUAUUGCAUUUUACGAUGCUAAUGUACCCUUAGGAAAAGCUUUCAAAUAAAGUCCUAAUGAAAUUUAGACAUAGGAUCCUGUAAUUUAAUCGAUAAAAAAAAAUAAUAAUAAAAGAUGCUAUAAAAAAGGAUUAAAUAGAAAAGUGUUACCAAAUUUAGAAGUGGAAAUAAACAAUCCCAAUUUUUUAGAGUGGAUAAAAAUGUAAUCAUAAGAACUAUUGAAUCUUUAUAGUCAAGAAGAAAUCUACUGUAUUUGUAGACAAGGAGGUGAAUCAGCAAUCUCAGAUCUUUAAAUCAUUAAAAGUUUAAACGAAAAUAAUGUUUAAUUAUUUCAUUAAUAAUGUUUAAAAUAAUAAUAACAAGUUAAAUAUAUGAUUUUUUGUGAUAUUUGCGAAGAAUGGUAUCAUUAUGAAUGUAUGGGAAUAAAAAAACUGAAAGAAUAAAGUUAAGAUAAAUAUAUUUGCAGAAUUUGUUUGAUGAAAUUUAAUAUGCCAUUUUUAAUUCUAAAUGAGAAUCUGUGGGAUUAAUAUAUAGAUUCUUCAUCAGAACUUCAUGAUAGUUAUUAAAAAUAAAAGCAAGGACUAGAAAAAAACAUACUGCCUAAUUCAGGAGAAUACAUAUACUCUCAAUUAUAGUUACCAACGGUGGAUGAGUUCAAAGAUUUUCUGAAAAUUGGAAAAAGUUUACCAGCAUAACUUGUUGAGCUUGAAAUUUUGGAACUUCUUGAGUAAAAGUUAGAUUAAUGGUUAGUAUCUUAUACUAAUUUGAAAAACUAUUCUUUUCCUUAAAUAUUAGCAUUAUAUGCAGAAGGUGAAUGGCUACCAAUAAACUUGCCUUAAUAAAAGAUUCUUUUAUCAAUUAUUUGCCAAAAGGAAUUUUUAUGCACUGCAAAUGAACUAUUGUAAAGUAGAGCAACUUUUAAGACAAAAUAAUUGAAAAAGCCAUAAAUGGAUAAGACGGAAUAGCUAUAUGCCUAUAUUAAAGAACAAUAACCUGAAUUAUUAUAAGAAAGUGAUCAUUAAGUUAUUAAGACUAUAUAAAUGCUAAGAGUUUAAUAAGACCUAAAUAAUUAAUUUUAAUCAUAAUUAAAAUAACAAUAAACAUUGGAGUAAUAUGAUUAAUUGGCAAUUCAAUAUGAAAAAGAAAUCAAACUCUAAAUUUAGAAAACUGAAAUCAAAUUUUCUUUACCAAAAUUAAAUGAAUUACGAUAGUAGAUUACAAAGAUUCAGUAGUGGAACGCAGAAAUACUUGCUAUUUUUAAGGAUGUUGACGAUAUUUAUACAUCCAAUUUAAGUUAAUAAUUUUAUGAUAGCAAACCUAAUUUUUCUGAUAUUUAAGUGAAAUUAAAAGAAUAUGAAAUGAUAACUCUCAAAAUUCCAAAUCUGUACUAUGAAUUUCUCAAAACCCUUCAAUCAAAAGCUGAAGAUAUAAUUAUUAAGAUAGAUUCAAAUGUAUGUUAAUUGUCAUUUGAUGAAUAAUUUGACUUAUGUAGAACAGCAUACUAAUUAAAAUGUAAAAUCCCUUAAUUCAAGGAUCUUGCUAAUAAUGUAAGUAAGGAUGUUCAGAUGAGAAUUCUUUAAUGGCUUCCAUAUAUCAAAGCAAGAUUAUAUUGA